AUGUCAAGAAUCCUAACACCUAUCAAUACCACCCCCUCACCCUCUCGUCCAACUUCGUUCCCAACCUCCCCUACCCCUUCUCUCAAUCCGGCUCCUCCACCUCUCCCCGCCAGUCUUCAAAUUCUGGUCUAUCUCCUCAGAGAACUUGUAUAUUGGGCGAAUAUCUGGCUCGAUAGAUUAUGGGCUUUAGUACAUGACUUGUUUUAUCUCGGUUUGACGAUAAUGAGACUGGUGGAACAUGUUCCUAUGUAUGGUUCUAGGGCUAGGUCAGGGUUGGUGGGUGAAGGAAAAGCUGUGGUGAUUAUUGGAGCAAAAGAGAGCAUCGGUCAACACCUCACCCUUCGACUUGCCAAAUUAGGCUACACUGUCUUUCCUCUCCUUCCACAACCAUCCACUUACUCACCUCCAACCUCUCAAGCACUCGCCUCUCUUCUCCUCACGUGGGGAGAUAUCAAAAAACAUUUACUCGUUUCUUAUCCCCGUCAUCCUGGUGCAGUAGUACCCGUCAUGACAGAUCCCGAACCAAAAGAUUGGCCAUGGACAUGGAGUGUAAAAUCAGCAUUGAAAAUCACUGGUCGAUUGGAACAUGCCGGCGAAACCAUCAGAGCUUAUUGUCGAGAUCAUCAUUUAUGUUUAGUAGGUAUUGUCUGUACACCUCGAGGUACACUUCCACCUAUUCCUUUACCUGCUUUAUCACCAAGUCCACCUUCACCUACAAAAGAAAGUCAAGCCGGACAAGGAUUAGGUUUAGACGUAGGUUUGACAGAAGAAUCCAGUGGAUCAAUACAACCUAAACCAAUCACAAACAUGAUCGAUUUAAGUGAUAAUGAUAUCACAUCAUUCGUUAGUGAAAUGGAAAUAAGUGGUGGAAAUACUAGUGUAUUAGUUGCUAGAAUCUCACAAGCUCCUGAUCAAGCACCAACAGAAGAAGAAGAAAAAGCAGGUACUACCACUACCACUACAAGUUUCACACCUCGUAGACGUGGUUCUUCGACUUCACCAGCUUUAUCUAUGGUAGAACCUGAUCCUGAUCCUGCCGGUUUAGGUUUACCAAGUAAAAAUACACUUCAUUCUCUUUUCACUGGAAAUGUUAUUGAACCUGUGGCUAUGAUUGGGUAUCUAGGAGAUUUAUUGGGUAAUGCUAAAAGACAUGGGAAAGGGAAAGGUAAAGUUAUUUUCAUCAAUGAUUUGAAUGGCGCGGGAGUUAUGAGAAUGGAUGAGAGGGAAGGUUUAGCUAUGCGUAGUGUUGGUGGAGCUAGGAGAGAGGCUAUCAAAGGUUUAAGGAAAGAACAUGGGAGAGGUGGUUUGAUUGCCGUUUGUGAGAUUGUUGCUGGUCGUCUCAUCCGUCGUCGUAACCUAUCACCUGAAGAUCUCCCAGAUAUUCAUCUAAGAACAUCAACCUCUCAUUCUAAACUUCCAAAAAUACCACAAUCAAAUCGACCAGCUCCAUUCUUUCCUUUUCUUCACACUCCCACUCCCACUCCCUCUUUCCAUCUUCCUCCCACAUCCACAAUCCUCACGUCUUUCGACCCUUCCAAUCCAGGUAAAGGUCCGUUCGAUCCUUCUGAACAUUACAUCGCGACAAGACAACAUUUCCCCCCGACGCCAGGUUUGACACCGGAACAAGUACUAGAUAUGGCACCUACUAUAGUGGCAAUUGAUGAACAUGCUAUUUUUUGCGCGGUGGAUACGGCUUUGAAAUGUCGUCAUGCGAGAGAUAGGAGUUAUGUAGGUUGGGAACCUUUGAUCAGAGAUUGGGUCGGUUGGAUCCCUGGAAGUGGUCUGGUUUGGUGGAUGGUUUGUCUCGGAGCAAAAUUAUGGGCUAGGAUUUUGACUCUUUGA